AUGUGGUCAGGAUCAUGUGGUCAGUAUCAUGUGGUCUGUAUCAUGUGGUCAGGAUCAUGUGGUCAGGAUCAUGUGGUCUGUAUCAUGUGGUCAGGAUCAUGUGGUCUGUAUCAUGUGGUCUGUAUCAUGUGGUCUGUAUCAUGUGGUCAGGAUCAUGGGUUCAGGAUCAUGUGGUCAGGAUCAUGUGGUCUGUAUCAUGUGGUCUGUAUCAUGUGGUCUGUAUCAUGUGGUCUGUAUCAUGUGGUCAGGAUCAUGUGGUCAGGAUCAUGUGGUCUGUAUCAUGUGGUCUGUAUCAUGUGGUCUGUAUCAUGUGGUCUGGAUCAUGUGGUCUGGAUCAUGUGGUCUGUAUCAUGUGGUCUGUAUCAUGUGGUCAGUAUCAUGUGGUCAGUAUCAUGUGGUCUGUAUCAUGUGGUCUGUAUCAUGUGGUCUGUAUCAUGUGGUCAGUAUCAUGAGGCCAGUUCUUUACCUCCAAAGAGAUUUCCUUGUACAUAUUAUAGCGGGGAACCACAUUAA